AUUAUUAUAUUGUAUUAAGUAAAUUUGCAAAUAAAAUGAUUUGCCCAAUGAUUUUUGGUCCAGAUCGUCAUUUUGUCCAGUCAUGUGUCGUGUGUGGUGUUUUCACAAAUAUUUGCAGAUAAAACGAUGAACCGUCCUAUUCAGGUGAAGCCGGCAGACAGUGAAAAUCGUGGAGACCGCAAGCUGUUUGUUGGUAUGCUCAGCAAGCAACAGACCGAAGAGGAUGUUCGCCAGUUAUUCGCGCCGUUCGGAACUAUAGAGGAGUGCACGAUACUGCGAGGUCCUGACGGAACCAGCAAAGGUUGUGCUUUUGUGAAGUUUAGCUCACAUCAAGAAGCACAGGCAGCAAUUAGUAGCUUGCACGGGAGUCAAACUAUGCCAGGUGCCUCUUCGAGCCUGGUCGUAAAGUUUGCAGAUACCGAAAAAGAACGCCAGUUAAGACGCAUGCAGCAGAUGGCCGGAAACAUGAGCCUCCUCAACCCUUUCGUAUUCAACCAAUUCGGUGCUUACGGAGCUUACGCCCAGCAACAGCACGCAGCCCUGAUGGCCGCUGCGACAGCGCAAGGCACUUACAUCAACCCGAUGGCAGCUUUGGCGACGCAUAUACCUCACCCCACACUUAAUGGCAUGGCCAACCCUGUGGUACCACCGACAUCAGGAUCAGGUCCUGUGAAUGGUGCUAUACCUUCAUUGCCAUCACCAACAAUGCCAACAUUUAGCAUGGCUGCUCAAACACCCAACGGUCAACCUGGUGGGACAGAAGCUGUUUAUACAAAUGGCAUUCCCCAGACAUAUCCUGGACACGCCUUACACCUUUCGAUACCAGCCCAAGGCCUGACGAAUGGUGACGCCGCUCUACAACAUGCCGCUUACCCUGGUAUGCAACCCUAUCCUGGUGUCGCGUAUCCAGCGGUAUACGGGCAGUUCGCACAAGCCAUACCGCAACCGCUCUCCGCGGUAGCGCCGGCACAGAGAGAAGAGUUUCUGAUGUUUCCAGGAUGCUCCAUCUCGGGGCCAGAGGGCUGCAACCUGUUUAUCUACCACUUGCCCCAGGAGUUUGGUGACGCCGAGUUGAUGCAGAUGUUCUUGCCCUUUGGAAACGUCAUCAGCUCAAAAGUGUUCAUCGAUCGAGCAACAAAUCAAAGCAAAUGCUUCGGUUUCGUAUCCUUCGAUAACCCGGCCAGCGCCCAAGCAGCGAUCCAGGCAAUGAACGGUUUCCAAAUUGGCAUGAAGAGACUGAAGGUCCAACUGAAGAGGCCAAAAGAUGCCAAUAGGCCGUAUUAACCCACGUACCAAUUGUUUAAAAAGGAGCCGGGCCACAGGACUUAGCGCAAACGCGCCUAAUCUCUAUUCCGUACUCCAUUGGUUUCACGAAGUCGGCUGACUUUGCUAUUUCUUACUAUGAGAGACCCAGGAACGGUAUGGGAUCGUUAAUAGAAUCAAACAAUUAAAAUACAAAUAAUUAUAUAAAUAUAUAUCACUAAAAUUAUUAUUAACUGAAAUGC